UUUGCUUCGUGUUUCUUCCCUUGUUCGGUAGGUAGAUAUUGAGUGGUUUCGAGAUCAAAGGCUAUAAAUCUGUACUUCUUUACUUCUUUAGGUUCUAGGGUCUUGAUGAAACAUCCACGUUUCGGAUCGUGAUAAUCAUGGCAAGUUGAGCAAUGACGUUCGCCACACACGUGACCCUGACGCCCUCUCUUAUUGUUGUCCUUCACAUUCCAAAUAACCCCACAUUCUUGACAUUCUUUCGAAAUAUUGCAGAAGCCACAAUUGAGGUGAUGCCGAUAACAGUUGUUAUUGAAGAAUGUCUUGGAACAAUGCUGGCAUAAU